GCUGGUUUUUGACAGCGGCGGGGGAGCUGGUGAGGAGAGCCGAGGAUCCGUGUGGACCACAGCUUGCUGCUGCAGCGGCUGAGGGGGGACGGACACACACACUCGGCCGGGCACAGUCCCUCACAUGCACACACACACACACACACACACACACACACACACACACACAUAUGCGCACACCUCUUCAUUUUCUCCAGCAUCUACACACAGUCACAGCCGGGGAGAGGAAGCAGGAGCCGGGUUGCUGCAGACGGUUUGAACCAACUCCUGACAACAGACAGCAGUUGAGAUUAAAUCCUCACUGUGUGGACCCCGCCUUCCGUCACUACGCUGACCGCCCUGAUCGUGCCGUUGAAUCUGGACAAAAGGUUUUCAUUGUGACACACCAGACCAUGGACAGGAACAGGAAGUGGGUGCCGGGCUUUGGAGCUGUACUAUUGACACUUUUGGGUCACAUGACGUCAGCGUUGGAAGUGCCUCUUGAUCCUAAAGUACUGGAAGGAUUGCCCCAACCCCCCACGAUCACCCUACAGUCCCCGAAGGAUUACAUCUUUGAUCCGCGGGAGAACAUUGUCAUCCACUGUGAGGCGAAGGGAAAGCCUCAUCCCAGCUUUUCCUGGACGAGAAAUGGGACCCACUUCGACGUAGAGAAAGACUCCAAAGUUCUGAUGAAGCCCGGCUCAGGGACUCUGGUUAUUGACAUCAGCGGGGAAAAGGCCGAGGCCUACGAGGGGACGUACCAGUGUACGGCUCACAACGAGCACGGCACUGCCGUAUCCAACAGCAUUGUCAUCAGGCAGUCCAGGUCCCCCUUGUGGUCGAAAGAGAGAAAUGAGGCUAUAGUCGUGCAGACGGGGGUCUCCCUGGUGCUGCAGUGCCGACCCCCUGCAGGGCUGCCCCCUCCUGUCAUCUUCUGGAUGGAUAACAACUUCCAGAGGCUACCGCUGGAUAAACGAGUGUCCCAAGCUCUGAAUGGAGACUUGUACUUUUCCAACGUUCUCCCAGAGGACACCAGGAGCGACUACAUCUGCUACGCUCGCUUCCCUCACACACAAACCAUCCAGCAGAAGCAACCCAUCUCAGUCACCGUGCUGGACAACAGCCCAGAGGGGGAGCGUCGCCCCGGUUUCAUGUUGCCUCUGGGCACCACCAGCACCAAGAUGGUUCUGAAAGGGGAGACUCUGGAGCUCGAAUGCAUCGCCGAGGGCCUGCCCACUCCAGAGAUCUCCUGGCAGAAGGAUGGAGGAGAGCUGCCAGGCAGCAGGACGUCCUUUUUUAACUUCAAGAAAACACUCAAGGUUUCUGAGGUGAAUGAAGCUGAUGGUGGGGACUACCGCUGUACAGCCACAAACAACCUGGGCACUGUACACCACACCAUCAAGGUCACUGUCAAAGCGGCUCCUUUCUGGGUCAGUGCUCCCAGGAACCUGAUCCUCGCCCCCAAUGAGACUGGCAUCCUGACUUGUCGAGUCAGCGGAGAGCCCAAACCCAAGAUUAGCUGGUUUGUCAAUGGAGUCCCCAUAGAGAACGCCCCCGAGGACCACAGUCGAAAGGUGGAGGAUGACACUGUAAUUCUUAGCAAUGUCCAAUCAGGGUCCAGUGCCGUCUACCAGUGUAACGCAUCCAAUGAAUUUGGCUACCUGAUGGCAAACGCUUUUGUCAACGUUCUAGCUGAGCCACCAAGGGUGCUCACUCCACCCAACCGAGUGUACCAGGUCAUCACUAACAGCCCUGCGUUACUUCACUGCGCCUCCUUUGGCUCACCGAUACCAACCAUUACAUGGUUCAAAGACAGUCAGACCAGCAUCAAGAAUGGUGACCCUUAUGUGAUCCAUGAGAAUGGCACGUUGGAGAUCCAUGUGGCCCAGCCACUUAACAGUGGGAAGUACACCUGCAUUGCCACUAACAACCUGGGGAUCAAGGAGAACCAUGUCUACCUGGAGGUUAAAGAGCCGACCCGUAUCCUGAGGCAGCCAGAGUACAAGGUGGUGCAGAGAGGAAUGAGUGCUGUUUUCGAAUGUAAAGUCAAACACGACCCGUCCCUUGUUCCGGUCAUGACCUGGCUCAAAGACAGCGGAGAGCUGCCUGAUGACGAGAGGUUUGUUGUGGACACGGACUUGGACAGUCUGACCAUCAAAGACGUGAGAGAUGGAGAUGAGGGGACCUACACCUGCAUCAUGAACACCACCCUGGACAGGGACUCAGCCAGUGCCAUGCUGACUGUAGUAGAGGCUACUCCUACUCCAGCUAUUGUCUACGAGAAACCUGACCCUCCGACUGACCUGGAACUGACAGACCAGACAGACAGGAGUGUUCAGCUCACCUGGAUCCCUGGAGACGAAAACAACAGUCCAACACAAAAGUUUUUGAUUCAAUACGAGGAUCUGCUCCACCAGCCCGGAGUUUGGGUCAACCUGACGGAUGUUGCCGGUACCAGCACCACAGCGCAGUUAAGCCUCUCUCCGUACGUCUACUACUCCUUCCGAGUCCUGGCUCUGAACGACGUUGGCUACAGUGAACCGAGCCAGCCCUCAAGCCAAUACAGGACCAACCCUGCAGCUCCUGAUGAAAAUCCAUCAAAUGUUAAGGGGGAAGGAACAAUGCCUGGCAAUUUAGUCAUCUCUUGGACACCGCUGACAGGAUUUCAGGCAAACGGGCCCGGUCUGGAGUACAAAGUGCAGUGGAGACAGAAGGACGUGGAUGGGGACUGGUCCUCGAAGACUGUGGCCAAUGUCUCUCAAUUUGUUGUGUCUGGAACUCCGACCUACAUACCCUAUGAGAUCAAGGUUCAAGCUUUGAACGAUUAUGGCAAUGCGCCAGAGCCUGACGUAACGGUUGGAUACUCUGGAGAAGACUUGCCUCUGGCUGCACCUGACAGUGUGCAGAUCAUGGUUCACAACAGCACACUAGCGGAGGUACACUGGGAGCCUGUUGCUUUCACCUCAGUCAGAGGAAGACUGCAGGGAUACAAGGUUUACUACCGGCGUGAGCGCGGCUUGCAAGAGACAGAGGAGGACACGGACCAGCAGGAGCAGGUUUUGACGUUCAGUGGGAAUCGUAGUGAGGGACGCCUGCCAGGGCUCCAACCUUACAGCGUCUACAACCUCACCAUCAGGGUCCUCAACAGCAAAGGAGAAGGGCCUCCUAGCCACAGCAAGAAAUUUGAGACACCUGAAGGAGUCCCAGGGCCUCCUUCUUUCCUGAACGUCAUGAAACCUAGUUUGGACUCUCUCACUCUGGAAUGGGGUCCACCAGCGAGCAACAAUGGACGCCUUGCUGGAUACACACUAAAAUAUCAGCCAGUCAACAACACCAGUGAACUGGGACCGGUCAAGGUCAUGAACCUCCUGGCCAAUGAGACCACCGUCACCCUGGGCAACCUGAACUCCAGCAUGCUCUACAAGUUUUACUUAAGUGCAAAGACAAUCAAGGGCUCUGGCCCCGUCAUCACAGAGGAGGCCUUCACAGUCAUGGACACAAUUCGUACUCAGCCCACUGUAGGGCCGGGCAAAGGCCCUACAGAACCCCCCCACCCAACCUCCCCCAUCACUCAGUCUCCGCAUCCCCCGAUUCACAAGGCGCCACCUGUAGGCCCUGCGUUUGGCACAGUUAACACGUCUGUAUCGGAGGACGGUGCAGUGAUCAGUUGGGAUUACUUUGGACACCAUAGGAAUGUAUAUGUGGAGUAUAUUGUAGAAAACAGUAAAGAGGACUGGAAAAAGGAGUUGGUAAACGGUUCACACUGGCAUAUGAUAAAAGGUUUAAAGCCGGGGACGUCCUAUAAGGUCCGUGUGGUAGCUAGAGACCCGGCUGACCCAACGGUCCACAGCACAGACGAAGUGUUGAUUGCGGUGCCAGCUGUCCCCAGCCGGCAGGUAGACAUCGCCACCCAGGGCUGGUUUAUCGGACUGAUGUGCGCCAUCGCUCUCCUCAUCUUGGUCCUCCUCAUAGUGUGCUUCAUCAAGAGGAACAAGGGGGGCAAAUAUCCAGUGAAAGAGAAAGAAGAUGCUCACCAAGACCCAGAGAUCCAGCCUAUGAAGGAGGAUGAUGGGACAUUUGGAGAGUACAGUGACACAGAGGACCACAAGCCGCUGAAGGGCAGCAGGACGCCGUCCAACGGGACGGUGCGCCGUGACGAGAGUGAUGACAGCCUGGUGGACUACGGGGAGGGCGGGGAUGGACAGUUCAACGAGGACGGCUCCUUCAUCGGCCAGUACAGCGGCAAGAAAGAGAAAGACACACACGAAGGCAACGAGAGCUCGGAGGCCCCGUCGCCUGUCAACGCCAUGAACUCGUUUGUCUAACGAAGGGGCCACGGCCUGGCUGCGACGGUUGCUACGGCCACUCCAUGUCACCCUGGCAAAUGUGACCAUCUCUGUGUGGUGACAGUUGCUAAGGUGACAGUCGUUGUGGACACCUACUUCUACCAUGGUGGCUGUCACUCCGGUGGCCCCCUCGCCACGGCUACCUGUCACCAAGACUGCUGACACACCCUCAUCUCCCACACCCGCCAGCCCCUGUCACACUGUGACCUCCUCUGAUCUACACGCACUCAAUAUGGCCAAGACACCACAUCCCCCCCAUAACCACUGAAAGAAGGUGUGAAACGAGAGAUGCGAGGACUCUGAGAAGAGGGAAGGAGAGAGGAAGCAAUAUAGAAAAGCAGAAGGAAUGUACCAGAGAGUUUUACCACUCAGACUGAGCAGAAGUGUGUGUGUUAGUGCCAUUUGAUCUCCUUUGCUAAACAUGAUGUAUCCAAAUAUAUAUUUUAUCAGAGUACAGUACAUGACCCGCAGGCAGGCACAUAUGCAUUGAGUCACGUUCAUAAACAUCUGCAUGGAGUAAAUCAUGAUUCUAUUGAGCAUUUUACCACCUUCGUGUUGCAGAGGUGAGCUGUGUGUUGAGACUGUGUUUGGUGCACGCUUACUAGCGACUGGAUAUUCCUUUUAUUGUUUUUGUUUGUUUUUUCUUCAGUCAAAGUGUUAAAUGGCGUAUGAUAUAUAGAGAAAAAAAUGGCGGCAGGGUCUUUGUGGACACUGCCGCGAAAAGUGUGACUCAAAGUAGAAGCUAGCAUAUGUCUUUUUGAGACAGAUGAACUGUUUGUACAUAUGUAAUAGAAUAAGAAGAAAGAUAUAUUUCAAGGUCGGGGUUGUCAAUGUGUAGUCAUUGGAAACCUGGCUAGAAACACUUUGGACUCAGCGUUCAGUCACCAGCCGGCCAGAACUCCCACAUUUAUUCCAAUCCAAUUCUACCCUCAUGUUUUCUCAAACUUGUUCUUUGCACGCUUUUUUCCCUUUGCUUCCCUCUCCCGAUCUGUUCCUAAACACCGAGCCUUUGCUUCUCGCUACUGAGCACUAACUGAACAGCUGAGGUUGAUCCACUGUCACUGUCAUGUGCUUCCACCCCAGCGUCGUGGCCACUGUACACGCCUUUCUUCAAGGCGAUCUUGGUGUUGUCAGAACCACCCGCUGCCCCAGCAUUGUCUCCAUUAGCAUUUCCACUCAUGUACUGGCAGAAAGAAAGGUUACACACAAUAAAUACACCUGAGCAGGGUUCAGUGAUACUCGCUUUAAUUUCUGGAUGAUUCGAUUUUGAUGAUCAAAAACCUCUCAGCACGGUUUCUAGUGCCUUUGUAGAGAACAGUGACAUAGAUCCAUGGAGUUGCAUCCCUCUGCAUACACAGGACAGACCUGGGAUCAGUGCAGUUCCUAAGAGUCCAUGACCAUACUUUGCAUACAGAAUACCACCUCAUAUUGCUCAAAAAACAAAAAAAAAAUCUUGGAAAAAUAAUCGCUGUUUCAGAAUUUGCUCCAAAGGGCAAGUUAAAACUAAGGCCUCUUCUUUGGAGCAGUUUAGUCACCAAGUCUGUAAAACAGUUUUUUAAACAUCCACGUGGCUCAUUAAAGGUAUACUCUGCAGGAAUUGGUGGCUGUUGUUCGUGAACAGUAUCGCCAGCCCCAGUUUUUUCCAUCUGGCAUUUUGAUUUGUUAUAUUUGCGCUUUGUUAGUUUGUCCGCAAUUUCUGCAGCUUCCUCUCUGAUGCAUGCUGCUUACAAUCUGGCACCUGGGGCCUCAUUACAGAAACUUCCCAAGUCUGAAAUCCUGUCUUAUCUCAGUUUAGGAUGACAUUAAGAUUUUUUGGUGUGACAGAAACAUGUUUCCAAACUGCAUUUAGGAAAAUAUGUUACAUUAGCUUUGGAUGUGAAGUUGGCUAUUUAGGACCGUCCUAGCUUAGAGAUUUUGGAAGUUAGGAUGGGACAGACUCUGUCCUUCAAAAUACCUGCUAAUAAUGGCGGCAGCACUGUUAGAUUUGUUUAGCACUGAGUGCGUUUACAUGGACAGAUUAAUUCCCUUUUCAUUUGGAAUGAAAGUUCAUUCCGAGUGAUCUUGUAAACACCUAAUUCGGAGAGAAAAUGGACAAUGCGAUUGAUAAUUCAAUCCGAUGUAAGGGGCUGGAAUAUCCUGUUUCUCAUUCCGAAUGAAAGAAUUUCUCGUACUUGUAUACACUCAGUCCUCUUUAAGUUCAUUCCGGUCUUUCUGUGCAUGCUCGUUUCCUUGCCCUUCUGGCGUGAUGACGUAUAUAGCGCACACGGGACUCGUUGCACUAACUGGUUUCCGUACACCAAAGCACAGUCUUCUAUCUCCCUUCUUCGACCUUCUACCUCCCUUCUCCUGCUCAACAGAUGAAGCAUUAGCAGAACAAGGUUGUUGUCGUACUGCUGCUUCAAGAAUAUAAGCAAAACAAGCCUGAAAAAGGCACUAAGAAAGGCGUCGUCAAGCAUCAUGUUAUCCGGAACGAGGACUACAGUGUUUUUUUCCGGUAAACGUAAACAUGUAACAUCUGCCUUGCCCCCUAUCCAAUCAGAAACCUUCCCUCCCCACCUUCCCCAAACCUUGCGCGGACCCGAAUAAAGGAGAUUAAACUGACACUGAAGACAGGAAACAACACAAACUCCAAAAUAUGAUUGAAAGUCUAAUCAAACUGUCACUUUAAAUUUCAAUAAAUAACUCAAAUUAAUAAUAAAAGGUGUGGUUUCCCCUCCAACUCCUCAUAGCCAAUAUUGAAUGCCCGUCUCUUUUUGUCCGUGAUAGCAAGCUAGCUAGCCAGUGAAAAGUGAGAGCCAUUGAAAUUAUGGCCUGUCCAAGUAGCCCAUAGCACAUCUUUCUUUAAUCAACAAUAUUUUUAUUCAUAUCACAACAGGUAUCAAAUUAAAGCAUAUAUAUGACGGGAACAAAACAUGAAAUUCAAUCACAAUCCUCAUUCCACAAACCCCUAGUAACAGCCGGAACAUCGUCAAUAGGACGGUCCUCCAUCUCCUGAAUAGUACGAAAAAUGACAGAUGAGCUGAUAGUCAGGCUCAAUAUGAAAAGAGGCAUGGAGAGAUGCCUCUGUAAAAGGCAGGUUCAGAAUGAUGGGGUACUUUAUUAGAGUAUACACUGACAAAAAGCACCAAGAACAAGGAACAAACCGACAGAGGUGGGUGGGGCAGCAUCCCUCCAUCUGAUUAGAACUGCCUGUCUGGUCAGCGGAGAGGGAAAAGACAGUGAACGGUGUUGGAGUUGGUGUACAUCAUCCUCUCCAGUGGUGCCAAAGAGGGCGACCAGAGGGUUGGGUUGCAGGUCAAAGUUGAGGAAAACGUCCUUCCAGUGUUUUUUAAGGCUCAGACACGUCCAAUACGUGAAUAAGAGAAGCCUCACCUCGUGAACAUUUGUCACACACAUCUGGAUAAAUCUGUGACAGUCUGACUUUAGACCAAUGGGCUCUGUGCACGACAUAAAGAGAUGAUGAAUGAACCAGAUUGACGAUAGAGUCCUAUACACUGUCCCACAGUGAAGUGUUAAAAUCUUGUUCUAUAGUACUUUAAUCAAAGAUACAGGCAAGACAGGACAAGUGCCAACUGACAAUUGAGUUACAGUUAUAGUUAGGAUUAAAGAAGUUAAGAUAGGAGGUCUGAAAUAGGAUUGGACACAGCCAUGAGUUUAGGAUUAGCUUCUGUAAGAUAGGAUUUCUCUUAUCUUUGAAAUGAUAGAAACAUAGGACAAGCAGUUGAAUAUUUUUUCUCUAAUGAGGCUCCUGGUUUCUAAAAAGUCCCGACCUCACCUGACAACACAUUCUCACUCCGACCUCGUCACACAUUGCGGUUUGGUCAUGGACUUUCCACGUCCCGAUACGACGUGCAAGGUGUCACAGGUGCGUUGGUUGUUGAUGUUCUGGGACAGUGUCUCAAGUUCUGCCUGUUACAUGAUUUGUCUUCUUUCAAAAUACACUUCUGUUUUCACAGGAAAUUUAACGUUUACAUACAGUCUCUUUCAAAUAAGCUACGUUGGUACAAAACCGCAAAUUGACGGGUUUUUUUCCCUUCAACAACAAAUGCACGUGGUUGGGUUUAGGAAUAAAAAGGUCGGCCGAACACCGUUCUCUCGAGUGACAGUCGGGGUUUGUUGGACUCAUCCACCACACCUCCCACCCACCCCACUCGGACUUUCCCUGCCUUAUUUUUGUUCUUGUCCCGCAACGUUUCCUCUGAUGCCACUGGGCAGCAUUAAACUAUACUGACAACCGGCUGUGUUUCAUGCCGAUGUAAAAUGAUGGCUUUUUUCCAUCUGUGUUUGACACCGCAAGUCACUGCCCAAGUGCCGGAUUUUGACGACUUCGGAGUGAGACCAGAUCGACUGAGCACUGUGGGGGUGCACGCUCAGGAACGUCUUGACCACAGCAAAGAAUAAAAGGAAAUACAGGCUGAGGGCAGAGUCAGCGCAGAUACACCGCUCCACGCGUCAUAAGUGAUGAUUGAGAGGGAUUAUGUUUUGUUUGAAUCUUUACGUUUUUUUUAAGGAGAACCCUGCAUAGUAUACCUUUAACUUAACACAGCCUCUUUGAGUCUCACUUUGGGUUCCAGGUUCCUACACAGAACUCACAGCUGUACACGGUUGCAAGGAAUAAUUUUCAGCUGUAGAUUGUUAUGGCCUUGUUGACAAUCAUACACCCAUCAUCAUCAUUGGCACAUGAUAUACAAACACACCACCAAAUCAUCAUCAAGCUACGAAUAAAAGGCAAAUGUGUGGAAUAUUAAAAUGUGUAGGAAACCUGAGGUCAGAGCACGGACGCUUCACGAGAUGUCUUCAUGUAUUCAUUUCCAACAUUCUCCUCCUAACACGUUCAUCUUUAGGAGGAGCUGCUGCUCAAGCAGCACUAAACUACUGCCAACCUACUCACCAGGUAACUGCCAACGGGAACCAGACUCACCAUCUGGUACGGACUACUGUUAGAGCGGGACUUCCUGUCACUGGUAGCACUUAGAAAUGAAGGCAUUGGAUGAAUUACGUAAUGAUGCUGAAUGUGGAAACAAGUGUAUCUGUUUAUGUGAAUGAAAAAUAUUGCUUGUUUCACUGCAAACGGUAAAAACACUGGUGACUUUGGUUUAUGCAUUUAACCUUAUAUCUGUGUAUGUUGUCACGUUCUGAGCGCCGCACUCAGUGAGUUUUCUAUUACUGUAAAUGAAUGAAGCUUGUGUGUGAAUGUUUGGGUGCACGAGUGUGUGCGUGUGUGUGUGUGUGCAGCACAUGCAUGCUACUGUGUUACAGCGUGCGUGAUGUAUAAAAUUGCUUUUCCAUGGAUAACAGUCGAUAAUUCUGAUGUGCGUCUACUCUCGACAGGUACAAGACCUUUUUUUUUUCAGAGAACAUUUCCACGCCUUAGGUUUAUCAUAACUUGCAUCAAGUUUUUAGGUUGCGAUGUGUCGGCUUUCCAUGUGUAGAUAUUUUUGUUGUAUUUUGUAAAUAAUGGCUUGACUUGAGAGCAGACGUGUUGAGGUCACAUAGGUGAGAGCUCGGCCUCAGUUAGCCCCCCCCCUCCCGCUGCAUUAUGGGUGGGAGGGCGUUGUGUGAGAUGAGACUAUUUACAGUUUUCACUCUUUCAUUUGCUGUGAAAUUUUAUUUCUUUCAUUUUUUUUUUGAACUUGUCAGGUGAAUUUGCUAGCUCAAAUGUUUAGCCUAUCAGGUAUCAAAGGAGAUUAUUUAACUUGUGACUGAGCUCUUGUGACACCUGUUUUGUUUCUGUCUCCAACAGUUCAUGCACCUUUUCUGUAUUUUUUAUAAAAAAAAAAGGCACUUGCUUAACAAGGAUGUGUCAUUUCAAACACAUCCGUGCAUCCAGUUUAUGUCAACAUCUGGUACCUGAAUGCAGCAUGUUGCCCCAAACUAGACAUCAGAUGAAUCUGACACAUCCUUUUUAAGAGUGUGCACCUAAAACAAACAAAACAAAGCUAUAAUUUGGAGCAUACUAAAGGAUGGCUGGCAUGGACAGAUAAACAGACUGGCGUGAAAACCCUGGACACAAUGUUCUAGUGACUGGUGAACAUACAGUAGGAUAUAACGUAUAUGAUAUGAUAUAAUAUGACAUUCUGGUUAAUGUUGAAGCGACAUGAGAAGCAUGAAAGGCUGUCGAAAUGGUUUACUCUACAAUAUAAUAUUGCAAAAUAUUUUGUAUUUUAAAUGAAGUUUAAAAAAAACGAAAUAAAUGUUGGUUUCAGGA